AUGGCAGCGGUUGAAGCAACUCCUAGAAAUAUGCUACGAGUGCCAUCAAAUUACAGGGACCUCCACAAACGAUUUUUACAAAUACUAAUGAAUCGUCGAAUGGUAUCGUAUGAAGAUGCUUUUCGUUUGUUCUGCAAGAUGUACCAGUCUGAAGAGCCUGAUGAAGAGGAAGCAACAGCAGGUCCUUGCCCUAAGGAUAUGGAAUUGGCAGUUUCGAUUAUCAACAAAGUUAUUAAGGGACUCAAUAUGGAGAUCCGAUGCGCACAGGAUGAAAUUACACCUGCAAAAUAUUAUCUUCUUGUUAACACAGUGGACAGUCACAUUUCAAGGACAUUCAGCAAGUUUUCUGCAGCCGAAUUGGAAUUUUUCAAGACAGUUCUGUCUGAGAUUGUGACUUCUGAAGAUGGCUGCAUUUCUUCUACAGCAUGUCUCAAUUUGAAUUCAUCUUUACCGGGGAACAUGACCAAAUCAGACACUGAAGCCCUCCUUGAGAAGUUCUGUAAAUACCAAUGGCUGUAUCAGAAGGAUGGAAAAGUUCAUUUAACUAUCCUGAGUAUUGUGGAGUUGGAACCCCUCAUACUCUCAGCUUAUGAAGACUAUGUCAAUAUUUGUCGUCUCUGCAAACGUAUUGUUAUGCAGGGUUACAGGUGUGACAGGUGCCUUGCAUUGUUACAUUUGCAUUGUGUUCAUCUGUACACCAAAGGGGUGGACAGGAUACAUAGCUGUCCUGUCUGCAGUGCAGAUCAACCAGAAAUGCUGGCAGCUGUUAAAAAUAUUCCUUUCCACAGUGGGGAUGAUAACAGAAUACCUUCUGCGUCAUCCCGGGAGAACAAGACUGGCAAAGGAUCUGCAAGAAAGUGAAUUUGCACUUCCCUGUGAAUGUGCAGUGUAAGAGUGAGAUGUCAAGAAUAAUGUCAGAGCCUACUCCAGGUGCUACAGUAGUGUCAUUAGCAGCCUCUUCGCAAAUAGAACUGAAGUGUGAUAACAUGGAGCAACAGUUGUGGAGUUUUUCUCUCCUGUUUUCAUGUAGCAUAUAGAAGUGUUGUAUGUAUGUAUGUGACAUUCCAGAUUUCGUAACUUUAUUAUGAAGACCAAAGGAACAACACGAAGCAAAAUAUUGGAAUAGAAAUAAAGGCUUAAUCCAGA